CAGCCACGUAGAUGUAGAGUGUCGGCAUUCAGGUUGUUGGUGUUAGUGCGUCAGUAGAACAGCGCAAUACAGCGUCUAGACUCUCGAAUUAUAUUUUUCCACUGUCUGAAAUCUAUCAGUAAUAUAAUAAAUAAAUAUAUAUUUGCUACUAAAUAAAAAAUAAAUAUAUUUUGAUUAAAUUUAAAUAUAAAUACCAUUCACAAUUCGCGAGCAUAAUUACGGGCGUGGUAAGCCGACCAAAAUAAAUAUGAGUUGCGGGUUUGUUACUUGUGGUCCCAACGAAGCUCUUGUUGUUUCAGGAUGCUGUUAUGGCAAACCGCUCCUUGUACCUGGAGGGAGAGUAUUCGUAUGGCCGGUUGUUCAACAAGUACAAAAAAUUUCAUUAAAUACUAUGACAUUACAAGUUGAGAGUCCCACUGUUUACACUUGUCAAGGUGUACCUAUUUCAGUUACUGGAAUUGCACAGGUGAAAAUUCAAGGACAAAAUGAAGAAAUGUUAUCAACAGCUUGCGAACAAUUUCUCGGAAAAAAUGAAGAUGAAAUUCACAACAUCGCCCUGGUAACACUUGAGGGCCAUCAGCGUGCAAUAAUGGGCAGCAUGACGGUGGAAGAAAUUUAUAAAGACCGUAAGAAAUUCAGUAAAGAAGUAUUCGAAGUUGCGAGUAGCGACCUCGUCAACAUGGGAAUCACAGUAGUGUCAUACACUCUGAAAGAUAUUCGCGACGAAGAGGGGGCUAAGGGUUAUUUAAAAGCCCUCGGUAUGGCAAGAACAGCAGAAGUAAAGCGAGAUGCGCGAAUUGGAGAAGCUGAAGCGCGAAGAGAUGCGCAAAUGCGUGAAGCUAUUGCUGAAGAACAACGCAUGGCCUCACGUUUUCUCAACGACACUGAAAUUGCUAAAGCACAACGAGACUUUGAAUUGAAAAAAGCUGCUUAUGAUGUCGAGGUUCAAACAAAGAAAGCAGAGGCAGAAAUGGCGUUUGAGCUGCAAGCAGCCAAGACAAAGCAGCGGAUCAUGGAAGAACAGAUGCAGGUUAAAGUUAUCGAGCGUGGUCAAGAGAUUGCUGUGCAAGCUCAAGAAAUGGUGCGUCGCGAGCGCGAAUUAGACGCGACAGUAAAACGUCCAGCUGACGCGGAGAAGUACCGCCUCGAGAAAAUGGCCGAGGCCAAUAAACUGAGACUUGUAAUGGAGGCUGAAGCUGAGUCUGAAGCGAUCAGGAUUCGCGGAGAAGCUGAAGCUUUUGCUAUUGAAGCUAAGGCCAAGGCCGAAGCUAGUCAGAUGGCCAAAAAAGCCGCUGCUUGGAAUGAAUACGGGCAUGCCGCUAUGGUCGACAUGAUGCUUGAAACUCUACCGAAGGUCGCCGCUGAAGUAGCUGCCCCUUUAUCUCAAGCGAAAAAGAUCACCAUGGUUUCUAAUGGCUCUGGAAGUGUCGGAGCUGAAAAGCUUACUGAAGAAGUUCUUAAUAUUGUUACGCGUGUUCCUGAAUUAGUUAAAACUCUAGCUGGAGUCGACAUUGCUAAGUCGGUCGCUGCAUAAACUAAAAUUUCUUCCAAAGAACAAAAUUCAAUAAUUCAUUAAUUAUUUAAUAAUUAAUUAAACAUUAAUUUUAUUUAUUUAAAUGAAUAAUUAAUGUGACUUUACAGUUUAUUUGCAAUAAUAAAAGCAUAUUUAAAUUGUGUGCUUGUGUACUCGUUGACAGAUCUGACCAUGCACCAAAUAUUUGUCACGACUAGAUUUCUAUUGAAUAAAAAUUUAAGUGUGU